GUGGUGAUAGAAAAUGAAAUAAUUGUGAAAAUGGAGGAAAUAUCAAUGGAGACUGAUAUUUCGUCAAUGUCGGGCCAAAGCUUUCCUUCUGAAAUGCUUAUUGAUGAUACUAGUCAUUAUGGAAACGGCGAUAAACCGCCAGAACCAACUGAAGAAAAUCUCGGUGCAGCAAGGGUCUUUGAGUAUCCUACUCUGUUUGCUGGUAAAACUUUACUUGAACUUUGCAGUUCUUCUUGGUCACGGUCUUAUAAAGCCAAAAACGACGUCCAGCCUUAUCUAAGAGGCUGCAAGUGGUCUCCCGACGGCACUUGCUGUCUGACUGUAGUGAAUAACGAUGGGAUGCACCUAUGUGAAUUACCUAGAGAUCUUUAUGAAGGUACACCUACCUAUAAUAGAACAAUAAAUAUAUUAGAUUCAGUGAUUCACGUAAAAGAAGCUGGUAUGAUCUAUGAUUUUUGUUGGUACCCUGGUAUGAACAGUGGAUACCCAGAGACAUGCUGUUGGAUAACCACAAAGCAAAAUGGCCCUAUACAAAUGUGGGAUGCAUUUGAUGGCUCCUUGCGAUGCUCAUACAGAGGAUUCGAUGUUGUAGAUGAAAUGGAACCAGCUCUAUCCUUAACUUUUAACCAACAAGGCACUAGAAUUGUGGCAGGCUACAAAAAAUGCUUGCGCACAUUUGAAGUAGAAAGGCCUGGUAGAGACUAUGUAGAGCAUAAAAUAUCAAAUCCAGCAUCAUGCAUCGCAACCCAUGGUAAUUUGAUGGCAGUAGGCUCAUGGAACACCACAAUUAGUUUGUUUAAUGUCAAUGAAGUAGGAAACUAUAAAAGUAUUGGGAAUAUGCAUGGUCAUGGAGGAGGAGUUACCCACAUGAAAUUCACACCAGAUGGCUUCAGACUUGUGUCUGGCGCUCGAAAAGACCACCGAUUGCUGGUUUGGGACAUACGGUACUAUCGGCGACCCUUAAACAUACUGUCCAGAGCAGUCGAUACAAACCAAAGAGUUUACUUUGAUGUGUCUCCGUGCGGAAGAUACAUAGUCACAGGAGGAACUGAUGGAAUAGUAAAAGUCUGGGACGUUAAACAAGCCAACUGGAAGGAAAGUUUGGAUGUAACUGAGGGUAUUGGAGAUAAUGUAACUUACAAGUUCCCACUGCACAGAGAUUGCUGCAACAGUGUCUCCAUACAUCCCCUCAGACCGAUCUUGGCUACCGGUUCAGGGCAGUAUCACUUCAUUGACCCCAUAAACACCAUAGAAGACGAAAAUUUGAAGCCUGAAAGUAUGAAGAAAGAAGAAAAUGGGCAAAUUAAUGGUGUAGUGCAUAAAGAGAUCACAGAUAUGAAAUAUUCAGAAGAAGCCGAAAACAGUUUAGUGUUUUGGUGGAUAGGAGAUAUGGACUUGACAUAGGUUUAAGGAUACUUUGUUACCUCAAUUAUUUUAUAAUAAUAAAUAUUUUUUGACUUGUA